AUGGGAUGCACUACUUCAAAUGAGACAGUCACUUUGGCAUUUAAUUAAUUUCAAUAGCUUAAACUAGGAACCUAAUCUAUAGAAUUGACUCAACUGUUCUUGGUUGCAAACAAUUUAAUAAAUGAAGUCUAACUACUAUAUAAGAAAGUUGAAGGAAAUAGACUCAUUUUAUUACGUAUUACAAAAGUAUAUUUUGAAAAACAUGUUAAAAGGUAUCUCUAACAGCAAAUUAGACAUUAAUAGAUGCAUUUGGAUUCUGGACUAGAUAUGUUUCAAUAUGUAACCUGGGGUAGAGUAGCUAAAAUGGAGUAUUUUUCAAAUUUGAAAAUGAUGGUACUAUUAAUAAAAUAAUAUGAUAGACAAGUAAAUGAACUAUAAUUUGGGUUUAAAUGGAGAUUUAAAAUUAUAAUGGUUUGGGGAAGUUUUGAAUGAUUAUCUUUAAAGACUUGAACUCAUUACCAAAGUGAUUCCAAGCAUUAUUGAACAAUUAAAGAUGGUAAUGGAAAAGGUUACUAGUAUGACAGCCAAUGUUAAAGAGAGGAAUAAUACUUCUAGACAGAAUAUAAGUUUAUUAAAAUUCAAUUUAAGUUUCAUAAAAAUAAUUAACAUAAAAAUAAUAAAGUACAAUGAAGAAGUAGAGCUACUCAAAAAUUAAUGUAAAUAAGUAGCAAAUAAUGCAGAUGAAUAAGGAAUAAAACUUUAUAAUAAAUAUGGAGUGAGAAAAUUGAUAAAUAGUGAAAAAUAUUGUUUGAAAACUAAAAUCAAUAUUAUCAUUGAAUAAUGUUUUUAAGGAUAAAUGAGAUCAGAAAUGCAAUAGGAAAUAUAAUAAAGAGAAAAAACUAAAAGAAAAUUAAAGAAACCAGCAUGGAUAUUUGGGGAUGAUAUUGGAAUUGGUAUUAAGAAAUUUCCAUUCAGAAUUAGAUGGACAGGAUGUGAAUGUGUGGAUCAUUCUUUUUUUAUCAUCUCUAAUUAUUUAGAAAACCAUAGUAAACAUCUAUUAUUGUUGAGGAAAUUAUCAGUGAUUAUAAGAUACUUAACUUAUGCAUAUAAAACUGAUGAGGAUACAUUAUCAAGAGCUUGGUCAAUAUUUUGCUGUUAUUUAAAUGAAAAGGAAAAAACAAUUAUUUAAAAUAGUAUGUCUAUAUUAGAAGGAAUUAAAAGACUUAAACUUAAAGAUUAGAAUGCUGAAAAAUUUCGUAUCUACUUCAUUUAGUAUGUUGAGUAAUAUGAAAAUGAAUUACUAGUAAAAUUAUAAUAAGAAUGGUAAAACUAUUUAGAAGGAUAAUCUUAAGUAUUAUCUUUAUGGUCAAAUAAUCAAAUAUUUUCUACUAUUGAAUUUUAAGAGCUUGAUAUACAUGAUAAAUAUUAUGCAUUAACAAGUAUGGCUAAAAAUAUUUAUGCUCUCUAACAUUAUUUUCCAGUUGCUACCAAAAUUUAUAAUACAGGUAUUGAGUAUUCAUUUAUAUUUUAGUUUAUUAAAAAUAAUUGACCAAAGGAAAGGAUUUUCUUAAUUAAAUGCAAUCUAUAUAUAUAGCUUCAGGAAUGUAUUCACUUCCAUUUGAUUAAUUAUAUACUAUAAAUAAAUUAGAAGAUGAAGUAAUAAAAGUGAAAAAUAAAGAAAUUAAGUUCAAAUAUGCUUAUGGAAAGUUUUCAUAGAAGAAUUGA